CUAAAAGAAUGGUUAACGACGAAGCCCAAACCCACUUGUGUUUUGUCAUUCCUCCUUCACUUAUUUCUCGGUCUCUCUUCUCUCCUUCACCAUUCUUAGAUCAUCGAUCUGUCUUCUUAGACCCCUUUGGCAUCUCUCAGUGCAGGCGGAUUUGGGUAGAUAGAAAUGGCAACAGCAUCAAGGUUCCAAGCAUUCUUGAAUAGCCCCGUUGGACCUAAAACAACCCAUUUCUGGGGUCCGAUCGCUAACUGGGGCUUUGUUGCUGCUGGUUUGGUGGAUAUGCAAAAGCCUCCUGAGAUGAUCUCCGGAAACAUGACCUCAGCCAUGUGCAUUUACUCUGCAUUGUUCAUGAGGUUUGCCUGGAUGGUCCAACCACGCAACUAUUUACUACUUGCCUGCCAUGCUUCCAACGAGACUGUUCAGCUCUAUCAGCUCUCCCGCUGGGCUAGAGCUCAGGGGUAUCUAUCCUCAACGAAACAAGAGGAGAAACCGGCUCAGUAAACUGUCACAAGGAAAGGUUUCUUCAACGCCUCUGCUUGCUUCUGAUGAGUAACGAAACGGAUCAUCUGCAUAUCUCUUCUUGGGAAUUAAUAAAUUCUGAAACCAUCUGUUUGCUUUUACUUCGAAACAUAUUUGUGUUGUGUCCCCAAGCUAUGAUGCUUUACUUGUUGGAUCCUUCAUUAUCAUCUCUCCUUUUUAAUAAAAUUGGGGAUCCAAAAUGAAA